AUGUUGGUGCGCUGGGUGGGGGGGGUGGUGGCGGUGGUGGAUGGGGGAGAGACGCGGAGAAGAGACGUGGAGGGGGGGAUGAUGGAGGAGAUCACAGCCCGAGCAUGGCCACGGCACGGCGGCUAUAUCCGAGGGGCGGCGCGGCGGGGGCGGCUGGAGCGGAGCGCGGUGAGAGCAUGUCCUCCUUCAGAGCGCGGAGCAGGUAUGAGGAGCUGGAGGAGGGGCGCAUGCGCGGUGGAGAGCACAGGGGAGAGGAAGGGCUAG